GUAGAAUCGAUUCCAUGACGAGAGAGAGAGAGAGAGAGAGAGAGAGAAAAGCAGAUCUUUAUAUUUAGCCCAUACUGGACUGUACUGGACUAUAGACUGGCGAUGACAGGACCGCAAUAGGCUUGAUUGGUACCCUUAACCGAGGUAUAUUUGUCUUUCAAUUCGCUCUUCAUAAUUAAUUUUCAAAUAUGUAUAUAAGUAAUUUAACAUGUCUCAGUAUCUCUCUUUUUCUACGUAUCGGAAAAAUUGUAUUGAACAGAAACUGUUGAAUCCCUGUAAAAAAUACUGAUACACGACGAGCCUAUUCGAAGAUCUAUUUUUUCUCGCUUUCUUCUUCAAAAGUAUUUAAUUUAUCCUAAAGAGAGAAGAAGUACAAACAAGCGCAAUUAAUUCGUACAGAUUCCCUCCCUAUCUCUCGUUUGUGUUACGUAUAUGUAAAAUACAUGUAAGGCAAAAACGCAGGAGGCAAGAUGAAGCAAUAACACGACUGACCACGACGUUCGUCGUCGCCGUUCACGUUGCGGAAGGGGAAGAAUCUGGGGGGGAAACCGGGUGCGUUACGCGACUCAUCGGGACACCUUGUGUAUGAGUGUCAAUCACGCUGCGUCCAGCUGCCGGAGUAGGCGGCAGCGCGAGGACGAGGACAUCUAGAUACUGCGGUGCGCACCGAAUACCAUGGAUUCGACGAGGAGGCAGGAGCGAUCGCUGGCGACCGCGUGUCGAGGCUCGCCGUUUCCACGGAGGCCGUGGAUGAGCGAGACCGGCGUUGCCGCCGCCGUCGCCUCGGGCAACCUGGGCCUCAAGGGGGUCAUAGCCGGUGGUAUUACUGGAGGCAUAGAAAUUUGCAUCACAUAUCCAACGGAAUAUGUAAAGACACAGCUGCAACUGGAUGGAAAAGCCGGUGCUGGCAAAGAGUAUACAGGAAUAGUCGACUGCGUAACCAAGACUAUUAAAACUCGUGGAUUUUUCGGCCUAUAUAGAGGUUUGUCCGUCCUACUCUACGGUUCUAUACCAAAGUCGGCGGUGCGAUUUGGUGCUUUUGAGACAGUGAAGAACCAAUUAGUGGAUACGGAUGGAAAACUCAAUGCGCAAAGAAGACUCCUGGCGGGUCUUUGCGCCGGAGUAUGCGAAGCUAUUUUCGCGGUCACUCCGAUGGAGACGGUUAAAGUAAAAUUUAUCAAUGAUCAACGUUCGGCAAAUCCAAAAUUCAAGGGAUUUUUCCAUGGAGUGCGCUUGAUUGUAAAGGAACACGGUUUUAAAGGAGUGUAUCAAGGAGUAGUACCUACGAUCUUAAAGCAAGGAUCCAAUCAAGCUAUUCGUUUCUUUGUGAUGGAAACAUUAAAAGAUUGGUACAAAGGAGGUGACAAUACCAAAAGUGUUCCUAAAGUAGUUGUUGGUGCAUUUGGCGCAGUUGCUGGUGCAGCAUCUGUUUUUGGAAAUACACCUAUUGAUGUUAUAAAAACUAGGAUGCAGGGAUUGGAAGCUUCAAAGUACAAGAGUAGUAUGGAUUGUGUGAUUCAAGUGUGGAAGAAGGAGGGUCCAAUGGCAUUUUACAAAGGAACCAUUCCACGACUGGGCAGAGUAUGUCUAGACGUCGCUAUAACAUUCAUGAUAUAUGAUUCCUUCAUGGAACUUUUCAACAAAGUAUGGCCUUAGGUCUGUCGCAUUUUGUAUAUACACAUUAUACAUUUUUUCAAAUUUUACAAAUAUUGCUUUCAUAUUGACAUACUUUUUAUAAGCAUAUUUGUAUGACAUAUAUAUUUGUUUCGUCAGAGUUUAUUUAUCUUAUUUAAGAUAUAUGUAUAUAUAUAUAUGUGCGCGCGAUAAAAGCUUUCCAGCUUGGGAGUGUUUGUGUAAAAAAUUAGGAAAACAUAAAUAUCGCGAAUGCAUUAUAUUUGAUCGAUUUUAAAUCGAUUUUUAUGACAGAGAGUAAUUUUGCACAAUGAUGUGAUGUUGCUACCUCCGGCUCUAGCAUUUAUUUAUAAUGUGCAGUGCACAAAAAUUAUUGUUUUUUAAUUGCGAAAGCUUCAUGUUUUGUUGAAUUGUUGUGUUUUAUUCAUAAAUAUUUGUUUAGUUAUAAAAUAUUCUAAUAACAAUAUUCUGCAACGACAUACAUUCCUGGAAUCACAUUCGUUCCGAGUUAUAAGUACGAGAAUAACAUCUUCAUAAAUUCCUGACAUGUGUGGAAAUAGUCUAUAUAUAAUAUAUCUGUAUGCCAAUACAUAAUUACAUGUCCAUUUAUAUAUAUAUAUAUAUACAGCGUUAACAAUAAAAUAUAUUUAUGUACAAUUUUGUAUAAAGAGAAAUAGCACAUUUAAUGACCGAGCAGGGAAAAAAACACUUCAACGAAUUUAAUUUUGUAUAAUUUCUCACAUCCGAGAGGAUCAUACCAAUGUUGCAGAGGUAAAAAUAAGAGAACGUAUAUUAAUAAAAGAAGUCUAAUCUUA